ACGAUGGAAGACUAUCUUGAAUACCUACUAUUCCUAGUUUAAUGGAAACCUGUAGAGCUGUCAAAACAUUCCAAGCAUGAAUCUGACUUCAUAAAUUAACAAAUUUUUCCUCUUAUAAUGCCAUGUCAAGAAAGAAGAAAAGCGAAGCAUGGGGGCAAAAUGGCUUCGAAGAUUGGGGUGGAUAUAUGGCAGCAAAGAAAGCGAAGCUGCAAGAACAGUUUCUGGAGGAAGCCAAUAAAGAGUACGAGGGGGCUUCGACGUUGUUCAAUGGAGUUUCAAUAUUUGUAAAUGGCUAUACCAAUCCUUCAGCAGACGAGUUGAAGCGCCUGAUGAUGGCACACGGAGGAGUCUACCAUCAUUAUGAGCGCCCAGGAGCAACGACUCAUUUAAUCGCCUCCAAUCUGCCUUACUCUAAAAUAGUUAUGUACAGAAAAUCGAAAAAUCCGCUUCCUCUCUGUAAGCCAGAGUGGAUCGUCGACAGUAUCAAGGCAGGAAAAAUUCUGAAUUAUAAGAAUUAUUUACUCUACACUCAUCACACGGAGUUGCAACCAGUAUUGAACUUUAAUUCUACAGAAACAAAAAAAACAUUAGCCUCCAUUCCUCGACUCGUUAACAACGUACCUGAUGAUGCAUGCAAAAUAAUCUCCAGUAAGAAGCCAUCGACCGUUAACGGUCAAAGCAGCCAUGCUGUGGAAAAUUCUUUGAAUCCAUCAAAAAAUGGAGAAUGUUCCGACAACUCCCAUUGUGUGAAGAAUCCACAAUUUCUGACAGAGUUUUACAACAAUUCCCGCCUGCAUCACAUUUCCACAAUGGGGGCAACUUUUAAGGACUACAUAAAUGAGUUGAGGGACAAAAGCGACGGAACUUUUCCUGGUUUGGAGAAGUUACUGCAAUUAGGGUGUUCAAAGAAAAUAGUUUUAACAAACCCUUUAGAGUCCGACUCUGAUGACGAUGCUCUAGACCUUCCAGAGAACGAUGCAAAAGAAGAAAUCCAGGGACAGGUAAUCAUGCACAUCGACAUGGACUGUUUCUUCGUCUCUGUAGGUAUUCGCAAUAGACCAGAAUUGAAAGGACUUCCUGUAGCUGUCACACAUGCCAAAGGAAAUAGACAGCCACAAGGUAAAUCAACGUCCAACAUUGAAUCCAUUGAUGGAGAAGACGAGGAGUCGUAUGGUUCGCUUUCUGAAGUUGCUUCCUGCUCCUACGAGGCACGAGAGGCUGGAAUUAGGAACGGAAUGUUUUUAGGACAAGCACUGAAACUGUGCCCUCAGCUUAGAACUAUCAAAUACGAUUUUGAAGGCUAUAAAGAAGUGGCUUACGCUCUUUACGAUACGGUGACUUCUUAUACAUUAGAUAUUGAAGCAGUGAGUUGCGACGAAAUGUAUGCAGAUUGCACUAAAGUGCUCGUAUCGACUGGUUUGACGCCAUUGGAAUUUGGAAGCAUGCUCAGAGAGGAAAUAAAAACAAAAACUGGCUGCCCCGUGUCCACUGGCUUCGGAGGGAACAAGUUGCAAGCCAGAUUAGCUACAAAGAAGGCAAAGCCCGAUGGGCAGUUUUAUUUGAGGAAGGAAAAAGUCCAAUCCUACAUCGGUACCCUGAAUGUCCGAGAUUUGCCAGGUGUUGGAGCAACGACAACGCAGAAGCUGAAUGCUAUCGGCGUGAAAAAUUGUGAAGACCUUCAGAAGAUCUCAAUGGGUAGCUUGCAAAAAGAUUUUGGUAAGAAAAACGGUGAAGUACUGUUCAACAUGUGUCGAGGAAUAGACGUUUCUAAGUUAAAUUUGGAGCAUGUCAGGAAGUCCGUCUCUGCCGAAGUCAAUUACGGGAUAAGGUUUAAAGGAGCCAAUGACGCCGAAGAGUUUCUCAAGAAGCUGUCACAGGAGGUUUGCACCAGACUGAAGAAAGUCAACGCUACCGGUCGAUGCAUUACUUUGAAGCUUAUGGUUCGAGCUAAAGAAGCUCCGGUAGAAACUCCUAAAUUUAUGGGCCAUGGACUGUGCUACUAUUUCACGAGAUCAAAAAACCUUAUAGCCUCUGUAGACGAUGUGAAUAUCAUUACAAAAGAAGUUCUCGGUCUUUGGACUCAUUUGCAGCAAGUCCCAGAAGACAUCCGUGGCAUCGGGAUACAAGUUUCCAGAUUGGACAUGCUUCGAAGCAAAACCAACAGCUCCAAUUUAAUUAAUUUCCUUAAUAAGGGUAAGGUGUCGCACUCUGAAAAUACAUUUAAAAUUAGGCACGAUGAUGGUAAUAAAAAAGGAACCGAGGAAAAAAAUAUCUCGAAGCCAAAAGUUCACGAGGAAACCCUUGUCAAUUAUAUGGACAAGGGUGAGGGUGAAAGAGCCCAGAGUUCGAAGAAUCAGGAGGGUGGGUCGGCUUUGACUUCAAUUCUCGAAGAAAUUGACGAGGCCGUUUUGGCCGAGUUACCAGAAGAUAUAAGAAAUGAGAUUUUAUUAGCUCGAGAAGCUGCGAGGCCUCCAUCACAGGCAAGCAAAGAGCCUGCAAAGAAAAUUCAAACCAGCCAGGAGGCAUACUUUAAACAUACAAAGCCUAAUUCUAAUAAAGCAAAACAAGUUAAACUUCCGCCCGUUGAAGAGAUAGAUAUGUCCGUGUUAGUGGAACUGCCCGAAGACAUUAGAAACGAAAUCUUGAACGAGUAUCGAGCGAAGAAGCAAGAGUCCGAAGGUGCAUCCAGUUCGGAGGACAAAGAUUCGGAGAGCUCUGCUCAAGAGACCGAAGCUCUUGCACGGCACUCCAAAGUGAACGAAUUAAAGAAAAAAGAACAGAAGAUAGAUGAGACAAAUUUGUCAUUCUCCCAAGUCGAUCCGGAAUUCCUCGCCGCAUUGUCCGAAGACAUAAGGGACGACGUCAAAUUGUACUGUCACGCGAAGAAAAGGGAAAAUGCGACGAAGCUAAAGAAUGCCGAAAAAAAAGUGAUACCUACCACCAAUAAAACCAACGACGUGUGGACAUUAUUUAAACCGGAUAACAAGAACACUCGACAAAAACCAAAAAUCAAAGGCGGUCCAGCAAAGGGUGCAAAGGCUUUAAAGAAGAUUAAAAGUGGUUCGGUAAGUCGACCGAAGGCAGGUCAUCGGGAAAAAGAGGGCUUAAACGAAGGUCAAAAUAAUCCUACCGGAGAUAAAGUUGCCGUCGAACCCCGCAAGAGACAACUGGAAACGCAACGCAUGGAAAUAGCCCAUGACUUAAACUUCCCAAAGAGCUCCCAGGAUGAGCAUCGAGAGAUGCUCGACAGACUGGUCAACUACCUCUUGGACCUUCCGAUGCAGCAGGUGAAAACCCAAGUGCAGACGUGGAUAUCCGUAUCGGAGACGGUGAACGAAGUGGACUUCCUGUCUCUGGCCGAGUUCCUUGGCAUACUCCCCCGAAAGAGGCGUAUCGAAGAUCUGCACCUCCUGUUGAAAACCAUGCACAGAUGCGUCACCAGGAGAGGCAGCUGCCCCUGGCAUCGGACUUAUAGGAAGAUGGUCGGCCACGUCCAGGACUCGAUGCGCCUGGAGUACAAGAGCGAGCUGAUGGUUCCCAAUUUAAGAUGCGAGCACCGGGAGUGCCUGGCCGACGAGGACCUCGCUCUAUGAACCUCCUCUCUAAAUUAACGAAUUAAUUAAUAGGUUAAACACAACCGGGCUCAACGGACAUCCCUGCCUCCUCCCCCACUCUUCGUUUCCCUAGAUAUUUUCUUUACCCUCCUUAUCCUCCUUCGUCGUCCGCAACUCCUCCCCUAUUAAUCGAAUGAAAUGCCGCCCUUACGUCUAUACCCAUCGCGAAUAACCUGCCCCCUUCUUUUCCAGCUGCCCGUUCGUUAAAUAAUUUAACACGUAAAUAUUUUCCAUCGUUCCCACCCCUUUCCUAAAGCCCGCCCGGUUCCGCGGAAUCGUCUCUCCCAGCCAAUCCUUCGACCCUGUCCUCGCCGUUCCCUUUGCUUACUUCCUCUCUCCUGAUUCUCCCGUCUUCAUUUACACGCCACUCAUCCGUUUCCUUCCUCUACCUACGUACCUACGAGGCGCACCUCGGUUCACGGGUUCGCAGGCAGAGAGUUUCGGCGUUGGUCUUCGGGGACGUCUCUCCCCUAAAUUAUGUAUUCAUAUUUUUACAGCGCGCGUUUCCCUAUCUCGUCGCAGCGAAAAUAAACUAUUUAACUAUGUCCCGUGCUCUCGGUUGGUACAAUGCGACCUUCGUCUUCUACCUCGCGGAUCCACGGGGUUAUGCAAAGUAGGCGACCGGGCACUCGGCCAUCUCAAAACUCCGGGAUGCCUUAUCGACCGGACUCCAAGGUUCGUUUCCGCCACUCCCUUCCGUCUGGAAAUCUCGCGAAGAGAAUAAUAUCAUUCCGACCGUUCGGCGACUGCCUCGGUCGAUCGAUUCGGCAUCCGGAGUCCCGAGUGCUCGAGCGAGACGACCCUCGAGGAGCUCCCUACAAUAGUUAUAAAUUAAUAUUAUGUACUCGUAUCUUUACAGAGCGUCGGGGCUAUAACCAAUGAGAACGUAUUUACAAGCAAACGUGAUAUACUUACCUUCGUCGGCCUUUAUCGAACACAUUUUUUCCCCCUUUCCGUUAAUUUGCUUCGCGGUUCCUAGGCGCGACUCGUGCGCGUACGAAUGCCGGGGCUCGGGAACUUCUCGUCUACAACUUUUCCGGGUAUGCUAUUUUUCUCUCUCUCGGACUUUCCAGCGAAACGCGAGGGAAAGAAAAAAGAUGCGAAAGAUCUCGAAUUUCCAAGAUUUUAACGAAAAAAAAAAAAAGUAAAGACGGAGAGAACGAAUAUCGCCUCAUCAAGGGCGAUCCCGCGGUCUGGUUCAAGAAGUCAUAGGCCUCGCAUUGGUACGUCUUUUUGUAAUAUAUAUAUAUAUAUAUCUAUAUAUAUUUUUUAAA